CCUUCUUAUUUAAAGCCGAACUGAGCUGUGGAAAGUCACAGUUUGUUGCUAGAGUCUGGACGUCUCACGCAUUACUGUCAGUCUUGAAAAGGUCUAUAUAACAGAAGCACAAUGGCCGGAAACAAAGAACGUAGCUUCAUUGCAAUCAAACCCGAUGGUGUCCAGAGGGGACUAAUGGGUGACGUCAUCAAACGUUUUGAGCAGAAAGGAUUCAAACUGGUUGCAGCAAAGUUCCUGCAAGCUUCAGAAGAACUGUUGAAAGAGCACUACAUUGAACUGAAGGACCAACCAUUUUACAGUGGCCUGGUAAAAUACACAAGCUCCGGACCACUUCUUGCUAUGGUUUGGGAAGGUCUUAAUGUGGUGAAGACUGUUAGAGUAAUGCUUGGUGAGACCGAUCCAGCAGCCUCCAAGCCUGGCACCAUCCGUGGUGACUUCUGCAUGCAACUUGGCAGAAAUCUCAUUCAUGGCAGUGAUGCUGUGGCCAGUGCUGAGAAAGAAAUCAAGCUGUGGUUCAAACCUGAGGAGCUGGUGGACUACAAGAGCUGCGCUGAGAGCUAUCUCUACGAGUAAACUGUCCCAGCCCUCCACUUCUGGUUGUCAUGUCAUUGUGGUGAAUGUAAUAGACCUGGAAGGAACAUUUGUAUUGGCGGUUUCCUGAAAGCAGAACACUUAAUAAAAUUAUCAGCCCAA